GUGUGGACUUCAGCUUGACAGGACGCCAUGCGUUUGUUCAAGUACUCUCGCAGGGACUUCCUCCUCAUUUGUCUGGGUCUCUUUUCCCUGCUGCUCGACAUAGUGCUGGACAUAUACGCCGUCGUGUCUUUCUACCAGGAACGGGACUACGCCAGUCUGGGCAUCCUGCUGCUGCUCCUGCUGGGCUCGUCCGUGCUCGGCCAGGCCUUCAGCUGGCUGUGGUACAGCUACGACGAGUCCGAGAGGAAAACCGAGGUGGAGAAGUGCGUGACGGAGAGGCAGCUCAAGCUGCUUCACGUGCUGCAGCUGGGAACCUACUUCAGGCACGCAGAUUUGGUGAAGGUGUAUCUGUUCUCCUCAAAGGUCACAGACCCAGUUCUCACCGCCGUGUACAUGAGCCACGACCUGAGCAUGCUGCGGCUCAUUGAGACGUUUUCGGAGAGCGCCCCUCAAGUCGUCCUCAUGCUCGCCAUCAUCCUGCAGCGCGGCGAACUCGGCGCCGUCACAGUGCUGAAGGCCCUCGGGUCGGCCUCCACCAUGGCCUUCGGCGUGACCAUGUACCACCGCUCGCUGCGCUCCUUCCUGCCCGAAAAGAAGCAGCAGCAGAUGUCGUCGUCGGUGGUCUACUUCCUCUGGAACCUGCUCCUCAUCUCGUCACGCCUCACCGCCCUCGCCCUCUUCGCCUCCGCGCUGCCCUGCUUCAUCUUCGCCCACUUCUUGUCCUCCUGGGUGGUUCUGUGCUUCUUCGCGUGGCGAUCUAAGACAGACCUCAUGGACAGUCCUGGGGGGGAGCGGCUUUACCGAGCCACCGUGGGGCUCAUUUGGUACUUCAACUGGUUCAACGUGGCGGAAGGGAGGACGAAGUACAGGACCCUGCUGUAUCACGGCUACAUGCUGGUCGACAUCUCCCUCCUCUGCGGCCUGUGGGGCUGGCAGAUGAUCACAGAGCCUUAUUCUGAAGUCGUCGGCAUCGUCUGCGUUGUCGUCGCUUACAUCCUCGGCCUGUUUUUGAAAAUGCUUUAUUACAAGUGCUACCAUCCUAACAUGGCCAAGGGGGAGCUGAUAGGGGACUCCAUUGAGACCACGAUGUCCGCUGACGUGCCCGAUUUCCUUAUGUUCCUGGCCUCUAUUGAGACCACGCGGUCCGGUGACGAGACCGAUUCCCCUGUGCACCUUUCCUUUAUUAAGACCACGCUGUCCGGUGACGAGACCGAUUCCCCUGUGCACCAAGGCCACCUUAUGGACCGCAGCGGGCCGAGUGAACCGGCACCCGUCACCAAAGGCUGCAAUAAGAGAAUGAGGAAGUUGGCCGAAAACUUCUACUCCUGACCUGCAUCACAUGACGCCCAGCGGACACGGAGGUCAGGCGGCAUCACGCUGACCGAGCAGCCCGGCGAAUGACCGUCUCGGGGUUUUGUGGGAAAGAAUGACUGUGGCUUGAGUAACAAUGUUCAACCUAAAGAGCUUCAAGUCAAGGCUGCUGUAUUCUGCUCUAAGCAUCUUCUUCCCUUUAUUAACUGUUGCAGCGGUGGACAGAAACACUGCAAAUCAUUUUUUUCUUAAUUGCAACGAAUUCUGUUUCACAGUCAUUUAAAGGUUUUUGCUUGUGCAAAUGGCCCCGAUCUUUUUUAGGUUUGUUUUUAUUCAUUGUUUGUGUGGUUUUGCUUCAUAUAUAUUUAUAAUAUUUUAACAUUUCACACUUCAUUUGCAUUCUGCAUUUAUAAUAUAUAUAUAUAUAUAUAUAUAUAUAUAUAUAUAUAAACACUAGGUUUAUAUUGCCAGUCAUCCACAAUCCACAAGUCAUCCACAAUUAAAGCUGUUCUUUAAUUCUCUUUUUGUUACAGUGCCUCUGUGGCUCAGCAAAUACCAUGUGUAUUUAUAUGUAUGUAUAAAAGACUUUUAUUUGUAAUAAAACGUGGGAAUAAUUUUA